AUGUCUUGCUCAACGCCCACCGCAGCCAAACCUCUCCCCACAAAAGGCGGCACCGCCCGUCGUGACUCCGACACCCUCCCCUCAAACUCCCACCAGCUCAAGAACCUCGCCAUCACGCACUACCACCGCGUCAAAGUCCACGAACCCCGCGGCUCCUCCCCAGCCCUCGUCCAGUACUGGAUCAGCGCAGACCACGUCCUCAGCGGCCGCCUCAAAGAGACAACCGUUCCCGCCGGCCACUGGCCUAGGCUCGUCAAGCUUGCCAAGGACGUGUGCGCCGACCGGAGCGUCAGCUCUCAGAAUGAAGUCAGGAUCCUGACUGCGUUUUAUUCCCCGGACGAGGAGAUGAAGGUGGACAUCAAGGUAGAGUCGCUUUCUCCAGAUUUGCUCUAA